AUGUGGGCAUCCGUUGCCCGACGCGGAUCGUCGGAGCGGCUGCUGGCGUUCAGCGUGUGCGUGCUGCUGUUCCAUGUUAUGAACUCGAUCGUGCAGGAGGCGGUGUUCUACAUCCCUGGCUUCCACCACACUGGACUUCUCACAUUCGCACAGGCGCUCUGUGUGUCGUUGUUCGCCAGUGGGCAGCUGUACCGUUCGUCACCUGGUGCAUCCGCCUCGCCGUGGCGGCGACUCGUCGAGGCACGCCGUGUGCCGCUCCGCACGUACUUUAUGAUCUCUCUGACAAACACCUUAAGUGUGUACCUCACCAACGAGGCAUCGCGCCUCCUCAGCUACAGCACGCAGGUGGUUUUCAAGUCUAGCAAGCUUCUGUUUGUGUGGCUCGUACGCUACGUCGCGAUUGAGCUCCCCGCACGCCUCGAGGCCAUGGAGGCGGCGGCGGCGUCGUCGUCUGUAGAAAAUCACAAUAAUAGGGACGGCCCAUAUACUGACAAGAGCCAGGACAGUGAUGCAGCCGAGCUCCACCGAUGCAUGGCUCUCGCCACAGGCGAACCCAUUGAGAAGCCGAGCGGUUCCGUUGCUGUGCAUGUCUGUGGGCCGUCGAACCCAGUGGUUAUGUCGACCAAGGGUGGGGCAUACUUCUCCCCACAGUCUAAGGGUGCCUGCGCGGUUGCCAGUGGAAACUGCAACAACAACAACAGCAGCAGGAGCCUUUCACACGGUGCUGUGACGGAACACUCCAAGCUGGUGCGGGAGGUGGCGUCGUGCAUCGCCGUUGUGGUGGGUCUCAUCGUGUUUACGUACGCGACAACUAGCACGCCCCACGCAAAGGACACAGAGGUGGAGGAGAGUUGGUGGCCAGUAAUCACGGGCGUUGCGGGCAUCGUUGUGGCGCUGCUCUGCGAUGCCUUAAUGUACCUUGGGGAGGAAAAGUACUGCUUCAUGGCGCACGGAGCGUCGCACGACGAGGUGCAGUUCUACGUAUUUCUCUUGUCAUCGAUGAAUGGGCUUGUGUCGCUGCUGCUGAGCGGUAGCAUUGCAGAUUCCAUGCAUUUUGCUAGCACGCACUUCGAGUUCAUUUUCCUGAUGUUCGUGUGUUCCUUGUGCAACUACGGUGGCACUUUCUUCCUCCUGCGCAUUAUCUCCGAGUUCAACAGCAGCACGGCCACUGUGGUGACGAGCGUGCGCAAGAUGAUGACGGUGCUCUGUAGCUACGUUGUGUACCCGAAGCCCUUUAGCGUAUCGCAUUUUAUCGGCGUUGUUCUUGUGAUGGGUGGAAUUUGGCAGUAUGAAGAAGCACGAAAGAUGCACAACACAUCCGCCAAGAUGGGGAAAGACGACACAGUACGNGACGAGGAUGAUGUGUGA